ACAAACACAUGCACCUGGCAUCGUUAAAAUACUUAUUUCAAAAAAAUGCACAGGGAGAAAAAAAAUUCUAAAUUGAUGACACUUUAUUUGUCAUGACUAUAAUUGCACACGACCUUGCAGAAAAAUCAGCACGUUUUAUAUUUCUUGACUUAAAUUCUCCCCCUCUGUGAGCUUAUAAACAGCUUGAGGAGAACACAGACAGCACUGGGAGGGUUAAGCUGAGUUUUUGGUCCAGUCGGUGUGUGCUGAGCUAGUGCAGAGCGGGUAUGAAUGUGUGGAGGAUAGCAGCCUGUACUGCACAGGAGUUCAGUCACUGCGCUACAACGACUACAUAAGGGAAGCAGCAGCAGAGCACGAAAUGGGAAAUCUUAAGCACAGUCCAGGUUUAACUACAUGAUUGCAUUGAUUUGAUACCGUGCGGCAGAACUUUCUGUGGGGCUGAAGAGAUGGAGUUCCUCACUUUAUUUGUGCCAUCCCUGCUUGUACUCUCCAUCCAGCAGUAUAAGUUUAUCAGGGCCAUGAAUGACAUUGGCGAGUAUAUCGGAACAGACAUUGAAAUAUACUGGCUCCCUAAUCUGGAUGAUUUGAUGAAGGGAUAUGCUAGGAAUUUCCGCCCUGGGAUAGGAGGUCCUCCGGUGAAUGUAGCCAUGGCUAUAGAAGUUGCUAGCAUUGAUCACAUCUCGGAAGUUAACAUGGAGUACACAAUGACAGUGUAUCUCCGUCAAAGCUGGCGGGACGACAGGCUCUCGUACAACCACACCAACAAGACUCUGGGGCUGGACAGCCGCUUCGUGGAGAAGCUGUGGCUGCCGGACACGUUCAUCGUCAACGCCAAAUCCGCCUGGUUUCAUGACGUCACUGUGGAGAACAAGCUCAUCCGCCUGCAGCCCGACGGAGUUAUCCUGUACAGCAUUAGAAUUACCUCGACAGUUGCAUGCGACAUGGAUCUCACCAAGUACCCAAUGGAUGAACAGGAAUGCAUGCUGGAUUUGGAGAGCUAUGGCUACUCUUCUGAAGAUAUCGUGUAUCACUGGUCGGAGAACCAGGAUCAAAUCCACGGGCUGGAUAAACUCGAGCUGUCUCAGUUUACCAUCACGGACUACAGAUUUGACACAGAGGUUAUGAAUUUCAAAUCUGCCGGUAGGUUUCCCAGGCUAAGUCUUCGUUUCCAGUUACGGCGAAAUCGAGGAAUUUAUAUCAUGCAGUCCUAUAUGCCUUCCAUCUUAUUGGUCGCCAUGUCUUGGGUUUCCUUUUGGAUUAGCCAAUCAGCUGUGCCUGCAAGGGUAUCGUUAGGAAUCACCACGGUCCUCACAAUGACCACCCUCAUGGUCAGCGCCAGGUCGUCUCUUCCGAGAGCGUCUGCCAUCAAGGCCCUGGACGUUUACUUCUGGAUCUGCUACGUGUUCGUGUUCGCCGCCCUGGUGGAGUAUGCCUUUGCUCACUAUAAUGCCGACUACAAGUACAUGCGGAAACCGAGAACGAAAAUCAAGGCAAACAAAACGGGAGCAGAGUCCAUUAUAAAACAUGGCACACAAGCCAUGGUGCUGUUCUCCCUUUCAGUGGCCAGCAUGAACCAGGACUUGAUGAUUUCUAACCGGCAGCACCGGGCCCAGAAGCCCCCUGGGGUUCCCUACGGCACAGACGAGGUCGAGAACGGCAAGACAAAGUCUAAGAAGCAUGACAGCAAGACAGAGAAGAAGCCCAUAUUCAAACCCAUUGGCGCAGACACCAUCGAUAUCUAUUCAAGAGCCGUGUUCCCUGCAGCCUUUGCUGCUGUCAAUGUCAUCUACUGGGUGGCCUACACCAUGUAAAUACGAUACAUAUAUAUAUAUAUAUAUAUAUAAUGUACAGAGAAAUCAAAAACAGCAAACUCAUCAAAUCACUAGAUAUACUUCAUGAAGAAGAAAAGUGAUUGAUAAACUGAAAACUCACUAUUUUAAUAAUUAGCUGCUGUACAGUACACGAUAGAAAUAGCCAGGCAGGCUGAUGCAGUUGUUACGAACAUCAAUCUACCUAGCUAUUUCUACCAUGCGAGCUGAAGGAAGCGAAAGCUGAAACGCUGGAGCUAAUAGUGAGUUUUCAGUUUAUGAAAAGUUUAUGACAUUUCAUCUUUGUUCAAUAUAAUAAUGUACAUACAAAAAGCAACAGAUAUUGAUCCGAUACUGUAACCCAGAAUCCAAAGACACGUGUACAGGUAACGGCUUGCCCAUUAUAAGACAUAAGACUCACAGUAAUGUAUCAUUUAUCAGUUUUUUCCUCUGUUGUGGUGCAUGUAUUUUCUUCUUCCUUUGCCGUGCAGAAGACACUUCGCUGUUAGUGAACUGCCUACAGUUCUUUUUUCUAGUUUUACACUUUGGAUGUUUUCUCAUACCCUCUCUGUCUGUAUUAAAACACUUAAGAGCUGUU